UCUAUUUUCAAGUGCUUUUUUGUUUUGACAGAACAGAUUUUGGGAUUUACGAAACGUUUGAAAUGUCAACAAAAAUGAAUAGUAAUGUUUAAAUCAAGAAACAAUGGGGAGAUGCCACAGUUUGUGCCUGUCUCUCUUGAUAGCGUACCUCAUAGGACUAUCAUUUGCAGACAUACCCAAGGAAGCCGGAUUGUACCUCCCAGGGGAUGAUGUGGUGGUGAUUUCUGGUGAUGAUUUCUACUCACAUCUUGCAGACAAGGAACACGCAUGGAUCAUAGAAUUUUACAACACUUGGUGUGGCCACUGCAUUAAUUUUGCUCCAACGUAUAAAAAAUUUGCUCAAAGUAUAAAAGGGUGGUCAAGAGUUAUCUCUGUUGGAGCUGUGGAUUGCUCACAGCCUAAGAAUACAGACGUUUGUCGCAAAUAUGGAAUCGAAAGCUACCCACAGAUGAUUUUAUUCCCUCCACACUCUACAGACAAGAACACUGGAUUACGAUUGUUUGGUACCCGAGAGUUUGGUGGUCUCUUAGAAAAUGUUGUUGACUUUGUUUCAAACAGAACCCGAUUCCAAGCCCCGGCGUCAUGGCCACGUUUACAACCAAUGGCGACAAUUGAGGAAAUUUGGUCUGAAGCGUCGCCAAAACAUCAGCAUGUGGUUCUGAUAUUUGAAGACCGCAACUCCAUCACUGGAAGAGAGAUUAUCUUGGACACGAUGGACCAGACUCAUAUACUAGUGCGUCGUCUGCUGAAGGAAUCGGUCACUAAAUACGGGAUCACACAGUUUCCUUCCCUGUACUCUCUCAAGAAAGAUGGGGUAUACAAGAAGCUGGCAGUUGGUGUUGGUGGUGAAAACGACCGUGCCUCGUUUGUUGGUGUGAUAAAGGAGCGGUUUGGCAUCAACGUCAAUGAAGGGGAGGAGGAUGGUGCUGGUAUAGGAGAAGAGGCAGAUAACAAAAAUAAAAACGAUAAAGAUAAUGAAGAGUUGCCUGCCCCUGCCACAAAUAUUGUUGGUGUACACAUGCAGGAUUUAGAGUCCGCUCUGACGUAUGCAUUCCGUCAAGAGAUUGCCAUUCAUAAAUCGAUGAAUCAAGAAGCACUGAGUGCUCUGAAGACAUUUGUGGUAGUUCUUGCAAAGUACUCGCCUGUGAGGAAACCUAUCUCUAGCUUUCUAUGGAAAGUGGCCGACUGGCUCAAUGGAGUGAACACUGAGCUGUCUGGUGAACAGUGGAGUAAUCACAUAGAUACCUUGCAGAAAAGGAAAAAGAAAAAACGGAAGAAAGUACACAUGCACAAAAAUACUAAAGAUUCAUUUUUGCCUGAUGCUGUUAUUUGGACUGGUUGCCAUGGUAGCAAGUUAAAGUACAGAGGCUACCCGUGCAGCAUGUGGACACUGUUCCAUACAUUAACUGUGAGCUCCUACCUGGCAAAUAAACAUACAGUACCUCACAAUCCCCAAGAAGUGUUGCUGGCAAUACGUGGUUAUAUGAAGAAUUUUUUCGGCUGUGCAGAAUGUUCUAAGAAUUUUUACAAAAUGGCUGUUACCCUGGAGAAGGAAGUAAAGCAGAGCCAAGAUGCUGUUCUGUGGCUGUGGAGCGCUCACAACAAGGCCAACAAGAGACUUCAUGGCCAGCCAUCCGAGGAUCCACUCUUCCCUAAGAUCCAGUUUCCAUCUCAGACCACGUGUCCAAAGUGCCACAAGGCAGGAAGCACCAACACCCAUCCCAUCUGGGACAAGGACGAAGUUCUGAAUUUCAUGGUGCACAUGUACAGAGAAGAAAACAUCAGACACGACGUGUCGAAGAAACCAACCGACCAGGGCACUAACAAUCAUAUACUGGAAGGUGAGAGAACCAGUAGAGUCACAGAGGAGCUGGACUGGUGGGAGAAGCAGCAGCGAAAGCAGGACCUGCACAAGAUUCAGGAACUUCGCAGCAAGAAGAAGAAGAGUCUGGAGGAGAGAUUCGUGAAGAGAGAGUCGACCGACCCCAGGCUUCAUAGGAGAGGAGCGAAAAAAACCAUUAUUUUGAAAGCAAGGGAAGAUGUUGGAUCACAGGUAAGAAAAAAGAGAUGGAAAUCUACUGACUGAACAGCGGCUUUGAAAGGAACAUUGGGUUAAUGAACAAACAAAAUGUUGACGUUUACACAAAUAUUGGACUGAAUUAAGAAUCACUUUAAUUAAGUGUCUGAAAAAAAUAUUGAAUAAAGAUACUUCUGCAGUA